AUGGCUUCCAAGUUCGUCCCGAUACGAUUUGCCCAUUAUGGUCUUCUCUUGGCUGCUGUUGCUCUACUUAUCACUGUAUCAAGAGCUACCCCUUUAACGUCGACACACCCAAAAUUUGAAACUCCACGUCGUAUUACCAAUACAGAUCUGGUUGAGACCCAGUCUUCAAGCAACUAUGACGGCGAGUUGAGAGGUAUUUCCAGCAUGACGAAGAUUAAUAAUGUGGCUAAAGUAGGAACGAAGAAGCUGAAGAAAGUCGCGGAGGGUGUCAAAACCAAGUUGGCGCCUAACAAACAAUCCGCGGUUGACACGCAAUUCAAAGAGUUUGUAGAUAAGGUGCAGGGGGAUUUGUUCAACAACGCACAGUUCGCUGACUGGGUUAAGUUUGUAUUCAAAGUCUACAACCACAACGAUGAAGCAGCCCACGCAGCGCUGGUUACGACUAUGGUCGCUCACUAUGGCGAUGAAUAUCUUGCCAGUAUGCUAGCUGCCACGAAGGGUUCGAAUAUGAUUACCACAUUCAGGCUGAAAGAAGCACAGAUAAACAGCUGGAAGGCCAGUGGCAAAACUCCGGUCGACGUUUACAAGAUUUUACAUGUUGAUGCAGAAGCCAGUGAUUUGUUGAAAAGCCCGACGUUGAAAACGUGGAUUUCCUACGUGGUAAAGCUGAAAGAGAAUCCAUACGAACUGCUGCUAUUAAAUCUAAAAACGCACUACGACGAUGCAGCACUUGCGCAAAUGUUUGCUGUGGCGAAGGGAGACGCCGCUACGACAGCGCUUGCUGGAAAAAUGGAGACGCUGCUGCUGAAGAAGUGGCAGGAGAAAGACAAGACUAUGAUCGACGUCUUUCAACUUCUAAAGCUGAACACAAAGAGCCCUAAAGAGCUGCUGGUAAGCCCCGUGCUGAGCACUUGGAUGUCGUACACUUUACUGCUGAAGAAGAACCCGUACGAGCUGUUGUUUAAGGCGAUAAAGAAAACGGGCAUAGAUGACGCAGGACUAGCAAGGAUGGUUGGCACAGCGGAGCAAAUUGACAGCAACACUGCCCGCAAAAUACAGCACCAACAAUUCAAAAUAUGGAAAAGGGAAGGGAAAAGUCCGACGGACGUCUUCAGAUUACUUGGGCUCAAGAAGGAAGGAGACAAUUUGUUUGAGAGCCCUGUGUGGAGCACUUGGACAGGAUAUCUGGACCGAACCGACAGGACGGCCGUAUACAAGGAAACGAUUUUGGUCCUGAAGACACAAUUCGGGGACGAACGUUUGACGAACAUAAUCUCAAAGGCGAAGGACGUCGACAGUACCGCUGACACUGCAGAAAAACUGGAGCGGAGCUUUUGGUGGGCAAUGGGACUAACGUCAGAUGAUCUAUUUAAUCUUCUCAAAUUGAAGCAUAAGGGGUUUGAGAGCCCGGACUUGCGAAGCUGGGUCGCUUAUGUGAGGGAGCUGAACAGCUUUAGAAAAAGUCCGGAUGAAUUCAUGGUUAUUAAGCAGCUGGAGAAUCAUUACGGCGAUGUUAAGCUGGCACGAAUGCUAGCCAAAUCGAAGCAACAGGGACGAGUGGGUGGGUUUCUCAACGAGUUACAAUCGCUGCAAUUCAAAGCGUUGAUGGAUCGAGAAGUUCAUCCUACUACUCUGGCGAAUAAAUCGCGUCCCAAACACCCAAUCGACAACACCGUGCAUCUCGCUUUCAAAAGAUACGCGUCCCGAGCUCCGGAACCGCCAAUUUAG